CUUUCUUUUUAUAGCAACUCCAACUGUCUCACACACACACUUUGGUUGAUAACAUUGAUAACACUAUCCAAAGGUUGGAGUGUGUGUCUGUGUGUGUGUCUGUGUGUGUCUGUGUGUGUGUGUGUGUAGGUCAUACAUGGCAGCCUGAGAAAUGUGACCUAUCUGUGGCCGUGCAGCUGUCGUUCCAAACCUGAGGGAGUCUGGGUGACGCAGAGAGAGACGGGGGAGCCUGGAGCGAGAGGAGACCUCCACCGUGGGCUGGUUUGAGUACUUCAUUUAAAGUGUGUUUUCUUAAAUAACCACUCAAAGUUCAUUAGUGGAGACGCUGCGGAGCAGGAGGCCCGGGUGCUUCCUCUCUGUCCCUGUCACUCUGCUCCGGGGCUCAGGUUGCUGGAAGGGGCCAUGGCUCGGGCUGCUAAUGCUACAUGAUCUCCGGUGGACUUACACCUUCGGCUCGCUCUCGCCAAAGGACACGAAGACACACGGGCUUUAGCAAAUGAUUUGAGAUGAAAUAUUCUGCUCCAUGGAUCCUGUUACGUUAACUUGGACUUUGCGGGGAUGUCCAAAGGGAUUCCAGAGGCCCCGGUGCAACAGCCCAGGUCAAACCGCCUCUUUACGACGAGGCCUUCAAUAACCGUAGCUCAUCCCGAUCACCUGAUAAAACGUCCCUGAAGAAAGACAAGAUGGCCAAAGUCCCUGGUUCCUGUCCCGGUCUGGACAUGCCUUCCAGGAGGCCCACGGAGGACCAUGUCGUCCCAGUCACCGAGGCCACGACACCAGCACCACCAGUUUUCAGCCGUAAACUCCGUAAGGCAGCAGUGGGAACAGGCUGCGACAUCCGACUCAGAGUGUCUGUGGGAGGAUUUCCCAAAGCUUCGCUCAGCUGGUACCACAACGAUGACGCCCUGCCUGCAUCAGAAGCCCAGGACUCAGGGGGACUGUGGAUACGAGACUGCCGCACCAGCGACGCCGGCCUGUACACCUGCGUGGCGACCAAUGAGCUGGGAGAGGCAAGCUGCAGCACCGUCCUCGCCAUCAUGGACCUCGGGGAAGACUCUGAGGCCACAGAGGACGAGACCACGGAGCCUCAGAUGGAAACCAAAGAAGGGCCCGGGAGGCACCAGGACAAGGCUGGCCGGAGAGGCCCCUCAGGUGAGGGAGGACGGCUGACGGACUACAACCCAGAUGCUCCGGAUCGCAGGGCCACCCUCCCCGGCACGUACGACCCCGUGGUGGAGCGAGAGCUCCGUACUCUGGGCUCCCGCCCUCCGGGGCCCCACUUGGACCCCACAAACCCAGCCAGGAGUCAAACUGCCGACGAAUCGCAGGGGCUUUCCUCCUGUGUCCCCCUGUCCUCUCCCCAGCCACCCCCCACCACGCACAAACACAGCAGCAGAACCCCAAACCAAGACCUGGAUCAAGCCAAGCCCUCAGAUCAGAGUGUCAACAGCGUGGUCAUGACGCCCAAACUGGCCCGUGCAGGACCCAAGAUCUUUGACAAGGUCCAAGCGUUCGAGGAGCGAAGGGCCAGCGUGGACGGGCCCGGAGGAGCAGGACGGUCGGCUCCCUGCGACUCAGACGGCGGUGGAAAGAAGACGGGAGGCCCCGGCAAAGAGGAGGGCCGGGUCCUCCAGAGGCGAGAAGCUUUCAAGCAACGGGCUUCUUCCUUAGAGGACAAGACGAGCUACUCCCAGAGGGUCCAGAGCUACCAGAGCAAGUUCGCAGAGGAGCUCCAGAGGAUCAAGAAGCUCGUGGGAAAGCCGAGCUUGAAGAAGGCUUACUCCACGGAGCAGCUGUCCCAGAAGGAGAGUCGGCCUGUGGGGAAGCUGGAGCCCAUUCCUCCCCAAGUGGUUAAGAAGUUGGAGGCCAGGGAGCGAGCCCUGGAGCAGGAGGACGUUGGAGCGACUCGUCCCCGGGUCCAAGGCAACGGCCUGAGGAGGCUUAGUAACGACCCUGUAAAGGAGAGGAUGACACAGCCAGAUUCUCGGGGGAAACCAGCGGACGGCUCAUCACGAGGAAACGCAGGGAAAAUCUCUGUUACCAUGGAGACAGCACCAGUUCACCAGUUACCAGGGCAACCAUUGCCAACAGCCACAAGGACGAGUCUCACCAGAGAAAAAGUACAACGCGCUCCAGCAGCUGACAAAGACACACAACCGUCCUCCUCCAGAGACCUGGGGACGGAUUCAAAGAUGAGCCACAAAGCAGGCCGCAGGUCUCCCAGCCCCAUGGGGAACACGGCCCCCCUCGCCGCUGUGAGGGAACCAGGGUCCCAGUAUCCACCCAAGCCCCCCCGCCUCACCCCGUCACCCACUCCGUCCGUCAGCCCCCUCGUAAAGCGGAGGAAGGCGGAGGUGGGGCGGGCGUCGCCUGCGUUGAAAAUGAACAUCCCCACGAUCCUGGUGGAGGAUGAACCCAUGGAGGCCGAGUGCGCCGCCGACAGCGUGAGGAGGAAAGAGAGGAGGGUCCGCAAGAGCAAGAGAGGGCGCUCUGCUCAACCCCGGGCUCCAGAGGAAGGGGCCUCAUCCGAUGACUCGUACCUGUCGGCUGAUGAGGAGCCGGCUGAGGCCCCGAGGUUUGAGAGGCCCCUCGGAGCCGCCACAGGGGCCCGGGGGUCAGAGGUCACACUGAGAUGUGUCAUCACUGGAAACCCUCCACCCACAGUGACAUGGAGGAAGGAGAAUGUGGAGAUACGGAGCGAUGCCUCCCAUGUGGUGAAGGCUGCGGGUGAGGAGCACCGGCUGCUGAUAAAGCAGAUGAGGCCGAACAACGCCGGGUCGUACUGCGUCACAGCUGUCAGCGCGGCGGGCAGCGCCUCCUGCAGCGCCCCGCUCUCCAUCCAGUCAGAGACGUCCCACACGCAGGGGGAACAAGCAGCCGUGUCCCUGGAAGUCAGGAGUCCGAUCCAGUCCGACGAAGAGUAUCUGAGCCCCCAGGAGGAGGCGAUGGAGGUCGGGGACUCGAACACACUCAGUAAGAGUCUCUGCUUCAAGGAGCGUCCUUCGUUUCAGGUGGCCCCGUGUGACCAGGGGGCAACUGAAGGUCAAGACGUCAUCAUCUCAGCGAAGGUCAGAGGGCAGCCUCGACCCAUGGUUUACUGGUUGAAGGACAAAGUUGCAGUAAAGACGGGGGGACGCUUCGCAGUGCGAGAGACAGACGACGGCAUCAGGGAAAUGAGAAUCAGCUCAGCCCUGAGGUCGGAUUCGGGGCUUUACGUCUGCAAGAUCAUCAACGAAUACGGGAGCAGGCAGGCGGAGUGCAGAGUGGAGGUGGCAGCAGCUGCAGCACAGGCAUCGCUGGGAAUCACCCGGGGGGUUAAAGACGUGGCGGCGAGGGCGGGGGAGUCGGCCAAGUUCGAGUGUCACGUCACCGGGCCUCUGGAUGUGGAGGUGGACUGGCUGUCCAAUGGGAAGCUGAUCCAGCCGGCACUGCUCAACUGUAAGAUGCACUUUGAUGGAAAGAGGUGUCGUCUGCUGCUGAAUUCAGUGCACGAGGACGACAGUGGGACGUACACCUGCAAGCUGAGCACCGCCAAAGAGGAGUUGACCUCAAGCGCGACCCUGAAGGUGACUCCAUCCAAGGAGCCUCUGUUCACCCGGAAGCUGGACAUCCUGGAGGUCAUUGAAGGUCGUACAGCCCGGUUCGACUGUAAGGUGAGCGGGUCGCCUGCUCCACGGGUCACAUGGACGCACUUCGAGACGCGAGUGGAGGAGAGCGACAAUGUGCGCAUCCUUCAAGAGAGCGGUCGCCACUCGCUCGUCAUCACGCACGUCAGCGGCGACACGGAAGGCUUCUACACAGCGGUCGCUCAAAAUGUCCACGGGAAGGCGGAGAGCACGGCUGAGCUCUACAUGCAGGAACCUCGAGCUGCCAUCUCCUCUCACAUGGCCAAGCUGGAGAAGAUGCCGUCCAUCCCCGAGGAGCCCGAAGGGGCGGAGAGCGAGGUGGAGAAGAGGACGAUGCCCGACUUUGUCAAACCUCUGGCUGACGUGGAGAUGGUGGAAGGAAAGGAGGUGGUGCUGAGGUGCACGGUGGCGGGCCUGCCCUACCCCACCAUCGCCUGGUACCACAACAGCAAACGCAUCGAGAGCAGCGAGGAGCGCAAAAUGACCCAGUACAGGGAUGUCCACAAUCUGCUCAUUCGGAGCGCUUGUCACGCUCAUGGCGGCGUCUACAAGGCCGUCGUCUCCAACCGACUGGGCAAAGCAGCCUGCUACGCACAUCUGUACAUCACAGAUAUCGUCCCUGAUCCUCCUGACGGUCCUCCAGUGAUAGAGGCCAUCACAGGGAAAAAUAUAAGCCUGAGCUGGAGGAGACCAAAGAGGCUCGACUCUUCGUUUGAUACCAGCUCUCUGCUGUACGUGGUGCAGCAGCAGCCUCUGGGCUCGAUCCAGUGGUCCGUCGUGGCCUCGAACCUGCGGGACACCAGCUACACCGUCACCUCCCUGUCCAAGGGGGUGCGCUACGCGUUCAGAGUUGUGACGUCCACCGGCAAGACGCUGAGCAAACCGUCAGCUUCCACCGACCUGGUCCAGCUGCUGGACAGAGGACCUUAUCUGAGGAAAGCACCGGUCAUUCUGGACAAACCAGACGUUGUGUACGUGGUGGAGCACCAACCUGCGAGCAUCACCCUCACGCUGAACCAUGUGCAUGCAGCUGUCACCUGGAAGAGGAGGGGGGUGGUGCUGGUCAACAGGCCGGGGAUGUACGAGAUGAGCAUGCCGGACGACGACCAGCACGCCCUGAAGCUGCAGCGGGUCAGGAGCACGGACCUGGGCCAGCUGGUGGUCACGGCCAGCAACCAGUUUGGCAGUGACCUCUGCACGCUUCAGCUGGCUAUGGCGGUGCCUCCUAAGUUUGAAACCAUCAUGGAGGACGUGGACGUGCAUGUUGGGGAGAUGUCUCGCUUGGCUGUCACGGUCGAAGGGAAACCAGACCCAGAUAUUCUGUGGUAUAAGGAUGACGUGCGUCUCUCUGAGAGCAGCCACUUCACAUUUGUGUACGACGACCCAGAAUAUUCCCUGGUAGUUCUCAACGCCCGCCCCGAGCACUCGGGCGUGUACACGUGCACGGCCAAGAACCUGGCGGCCUCCAACUCCUGCAAGGCUGAAGUCACAGUUCACACAGAGCGAAAAGAAGCUGCAGAACCAAUGGAGGACGAGGGAACCAUUCUGAGGAAGAUGAGGCGUUUGACUGAUUACUAUGAUAUCCACAAAGAGAUAGGGAGGGGCGUCUUCUCCUACGUGAAGAGAGUGACUCAGAAGAAGGGAAAGGCCGAGUUGGCGGCCAAGUUCAUCUCGGCACGAGGGAAGAGGAAGGCGUCGGCCCUCCGAGAGAUGGAUCUUCUGUCGGAGCUGGACAACGAGAGGAUCCUUUAUUUCCACGACGCCUUCGAGAAGAAGGACGUGGUGGUGCUCAUCACGGAGCUAUGUCACGAGGAGUUCCUGGAGAGAAUGGCCAGGAAAACAACGGUCCUGGAGCAGGAGAUCCGCUGCAGCGUUCAGCAGGUGCUGGAAGGUCUCCGUUAUCUUCACCAGAAGAACAUUGCCCACCUUGAUAUGAAGCCCGAGAAUAUUCUAAUGGCAAGUCCAGGGAGGGACCAGAUCCGCAUUUGUGACUUUGGAAAUGCCAUAAAACUGGAGGCGUCGGAGGAGUACUACUGCAAGUACGGCACGCCGGAGUACAUCGCACCAGAGAUUGUUAACCAAACUCCUGUUUCCACGGCAACAGACAUAUGGCCUGUCGGUGUCAUCACUUACCUCUGCCUGACUGGUGUGUCUCCGUUCGCGGGAGAGAACGACCGAGCCACUGCCUUAAACAUCCGGAACUACAACGUGGCGUUCGAGGAGAGCAUGUUUUCUGACCUCUGUAAAGAAGCAAAGGGGUUUGUCAUCAAACUGCUGGUGCUGGACCGACUGAGGCCGAGUGCCACCGAGUGCCUGCGUCAUCCCUGGUUCAAGUCGCCAACGAACAAGAGCAUCAGCACGGCCAUGCUGAAGCAAGUUCUGUCCAGGAGGCGAUGGCAGCGUUCCCUCAUCAGCUACAAAGCGAAGAUGAUCAUGCGUUCCAUCCCGGAGCUCCUGAAUGAAUCAUCCAGCCACGUCUCCAUCGCUGUGGCGCGACAUUUAAAAGAAGGCUGCCCAGCGCUUUCCUCUUCCUCGGACUCAGAUGCAGAUGUAGACGAGCUUCCCUUCAUUCCUAUGCCACUGUCCAUGGUCUUCUCCGGGUCCAGGGUCUCCCUCAACGAGAUCCCAGGGGAGGAAGAUGUCCCUGCAUGGCCCAGUGUCGCCACUGAUGGGACCAGGAGAGUGGACAAUUCAGACAUAACCGGCCCUCGAGGAGCGGCUGGUAAAAGUUUGACAGAUGAAGAGCAAACUCCAAAUGGGGAGAAAACGGAAAAGACAAAACGAGUCCCCCUGCAAAAAGGAUCAAGUGUGGAGUCCGACGAAUCAGAGACGAGAGCGAGGAGGGCGACCAUGAGGAGAGGAAGUUCUGCUGACUCAGCACUGCUACUCCACAUUGACCCAGAAGAGGAAAAAGCCAAUGAGGAAGCAGAGGCAAGUACCAAGAGUCUGAAAAAGUCUGUUUCCAUGGAGCUCCCCAAUCGCAGCCCAAGCCCCGGGGCGGCCAAACUAAGCCAGGAGGAUUAUGCUCUGAAACUGGAACUGAUGAGACAGCGGCUGCUCAGGGGAGGAAGCGGGGACAAAAAGAUGAGCGGCCUGCGAGGGCCCUUGUUUGAAACGCUGGGUAUGGACGAGCAGAGGCAAACGGCGUCUUUAGAUCGGAAUCUGAGGAGAUCCAGAGCGGCGCCGCCAACAUUCACCAGAGCAGCGUCUUCUGAGAUUCCCGGGGAGGACACACCCAAGACCAAAGUGUUUCGCAAAAGCUCCUCCUUCACUCAAGGGGAUUCCGAACCAAUGCCGCUGCACCGCAGGUUCGGAGCCCCCUUAGAGAUCCCGUCUGUGGGCAGUGGGAGCAUAGAAGGGAAGAAGCUCCUGGAGGCCACCUCAAUGUCCGCACUCACAGAGCAAACUACCCUGGAGUCUGUGUCCAACUCCCCCACAGAGAAAGCCUCGUUUCUACUCCCAACGCCAGGAGUGGACCAGCGGAAACAGAACAAUGUGUCAGAACAUGAGGAGAUGGAGAAAAGGACCAAAACCCAGUUCGAACAAGCAGAUCGAGUAGAACCUGAGUCCAGAUCGCCCUCUGUGAUCACUCCCGUUAUCGUGAUAGAGGAGGAUGAUGAGCAGGAAGAGAGGAAGGAAAACCAGGAGUUACAUGUUGAUGAGAGAGAAGAUGAAAACAGUAAAACAUCACCUGCUUCUAAAAGUGUCGUUCAAGGUGUUUCAGGACCGAUUCAAACAUCUGAAAUAUCCAAAGACCCUGCAGCUGCUUUAAAGCCCAACGGUACGGAUACGCCCACAUUACCUGAACAUCCAGCAGUGUUUGCCAAAGUCGCAAGUGCCAACCGAUCUCCUGCGUCUGUUUCCACGUCGUCAGAUCCCGACCUUCCUGCCGCGGCCGGCCGGCCUCUGCUCAGAACCGACAUCAAGGACAUCGACUCAGAAGAGGUCUUUGAGGCCCGCUUCAAGAAACGAGAGUCGUCUUUGACCCGCGGACUCAGAAAGUUAAGAAACAAAUCCGAGGAGAGAUCCCCGGGACUGAGCCGCAAGGCAGUGGAGGGGGGGGAAGAGGUGUACAGGCCGGGUCCAAGGGGAGCGCCUCUAGAAGUGGUGUCCAAGGGACUGCAGGAGAAGUCCAAGUCUGUUCAGGAUUUAAGAGAAGAAGACAAGGAAACAGGACUUGGUCGCAUCGGGAGGUUUUCAUUGAGGGGGAAGAAAUCCGGAUCCGGUGAGAAGAAGGGGGAGAAACCCAAAGAGGAAAAGAGUCCGGAUGUGCAGGAGCCCGCUGCAGGGAAGAGGGUUUCAUGGGCCAUCGGUCGCAGCAAGUCCCUGGAUACGAAGGAGCUGAGCAGUGCAGAGAGAGAACAGAGAAAAGCUGAGGAGUCCACGGUUUCUUCUAUGAGGCGCAAGUUUGAGUCCAAAGUGGCAGGAAUUUCUGCCAAGCUACGGACGCAGUCAGAGGAGAGGAAGGAUACAGAUGCUGAAGGAAGUCAGAAAGACCUGGCGCCGAAGACGGACUUGAAGAAAGUCACAGAUUCCCCCGUCCUGGCCAUGCGACAGAAGUUUGAGAACAAAGUGUCAGAAAUAUCCACAAAGAUCCGCAGUCAGUCUGAGGAGAGAAAAGGAGACGCAGAGGGGAAGAGGACGCCGCUGUUCACUCGCCACCGUCACUCCCAAUCUGAGGGCCGGGGACCCCAAGGGAUGGGCAUCCCCGAGAAUCAACUGGCGAAACAGGCCGGCACCGGGGCUUCCAAAGAGUCCGUCGAAUCCACGUCCAGCUUCCAAUCUGAAAAGGCCUCGGAGAGCGACAGGCGGUCGCGGUGGGACAGGUGGGGUUUGACCAGAGGCAAGAAAGACAAAACUCCUUCUCAGUCUGAUCUGCCGUCCUCCGUCCCCAAGGAGGAGGGCCUGUCCCACAGCCAGACGUUCGUCCGCUCUGCGUCCGACUUCGCUCCCGUGUUCCACAUCAAGCUGAAGGACCACAUCUUAUCGGAGGGGGAGCCGGUGACUCUCAGCUGCCUUCCUGCUGGAAGCCCUCACCCCGACAUCACAUGGAUGAAAGAUAGGAAAUCUCUGGAGGUGGAUGACAGGAUGAACCUGAUCUCUCACCCUGACGGCAGACAGCUUCUAACCAUCACCAAGUCGAGCCGGAGGGACGCUGGGAUUUAUGAAUGUGUAGCUACCAACCCUAUAGCCACCAUCACCACCUCCUGCACACUCUCCAUCGCUAGUGUCCCAAAGCGACCUGGGACCCCUGAAGUCCCUCAGACGUACAACAACACGGCCCUGGUGCUCUGGAAACCAGCCGACAGCAAGUCGCCCUGCAGCUACACGCUCGAGAGGAAGACAGAGGCAGAUUCAAAGUGGACGACCGUCGCCACCAGAGUCGUCGACUGCUACUACAAUGUCACCAACCUGCCUCCAGGGGGCCCCUUCAGGUUCCGUGUGUCCUGCGUCAACAAGGCGGGUCAGGGGCCCCACAGCAACCCCUCCGCUCCGGUCCGCCUGGACCCCGCAGAUGAGAGUUCGUCCCCCACUGUUGCCGUGGUGAAAACAAUCCCUGCCCCCCCCGAGCCCGUGGUCACCUCUUCAGUGACGGUGCCUCGGGUGAGACCAGUCCACACUGCUCCCAGGGUAACGGUCUCCACCUCUCCCGAGAGAUCAGCCCCCCCCGCCGUGGUGACGCCCCCCCCUCCGUCCUCUCCACCAGACGAGCCUCAGAAGAAAACCUCCAGUCUUCCCUCUUCACCCACAGUCAAACCCCCCCCCUUUGUCCUCCCCAAACCCCAGAGCCCAGUCAACGUGGUGACCCCGAUGACCCAGACCCCGCCCAUAUCGCCGCCACCUCCUCUUGUAGCCCCGCCUUCAACUCUCACAAAACCAGCCGUGGCCUCUGUGCCCUCGUACGUUCCCACCGCCACCAUCACCGCCCGCGUGGCGCCAACUCCGGUCUCCUUUAGCCCCCAAGUGCUCCAGAUGUCCAGCCUGAGCCCCAUCGGCGAAGGGGCCAGUACCCCGACCAGAGGGACGCCGUCAGGACGCGCCACGCCCUCCACCGCCCUGCGACAGGGGGUCCCACAGAAGCCGUACACCUUCCUGGAUGAGAAAGCCAGAGGUCGUUUUGGCGUGAUUCGGGAGUGUCGAGAGAACGCGACGGGUAAAAUCUACAUGGCGAAGAUCAUUCCCUACAGUCAGGAAAACAAGCAGGACAUCCUGAAGGAGUACGAGAUCCUGAAAUCGCUUCACAAUGAAAAGGUGAUGUCUCUGCACGAAGCCUACGUGACGCCGCGCUACCUGGUGCUGGUGGCGGAGUACUGCACCGGCAAAGAGCUGCUGCACAGCCUGAUCGACAGGUUCCGUUACUCCGAGGACGACGUGGUGGGCUACCUGGUCCAGAUCCUCCAGGGCGUCGAGUACCUGCACAAUCGCCGCGUCCUGCACCUCGACCUCAAGCCCGACAACAUCCUGGUGACCAGCCUCAACGCCAUCAAGAUCGUGGACUUUGGGAGCGCGCAGACCUUCAACCCCCUCAGCCUCAAACACCGGGACUCCGGGGUGGGAACGCUGGAUUACAUGGCUCCUGAGAUGGUGAAAGGCGAAGUGGUCGGUCCUCCUGCAGACAUGUGGACUGUUGGAGUCGUCACCUUCAUCAUGCUCAGCGGUCGACUGCCCUUCGAAGAUAAAGACCCUCAAAAAGUGGAAUCCAAAAUCCUGAUGGCGAAGUUUGACCCGACGAAACUUUAUCCAAACGUGUCUCAAAGUGCCUCUGCCUUCCUCAAAAAGAUGCUGAGCAGUUACCCGUGGGCCCGUUCGACCACACGAGACUGCUUCACGCAGGCCUGGCUGCAGGACUCGUACCUGAUGAAGCUGAGGAGACAAACGCUCACCUUCACCUCCAGCCGACUCAAAGAGUUCCUGGUGGAGCAGCAGUGCCGUCGCUCGGAGGACGCCACCAAGCACAGAGUGCUGCUGCGCACCUACCAGAGCUCGGCCCAGUCCGCGGCGCCGGGCGCUGCACCGCACGCCCCAGCCCAAAGUGAGGCCACGCACCAGAACCCCAACGAUCUUCAUCUCGACUCCUCGCUGCAUGAACCGCGGAGGCACAGGUCAACACAGCGAGCAGGAGGACGCCUGGACAUGAUGAUGUCCAGUGGGAAGACAGGCGCCUGUUAUUCAUGGGACGGAGCCGCAGACCGCCGUGGCGUCCGAACGCUCCCGGUCCUGAGAGGACACAGGAUGUUCUGUUGGUUCUUCUCGUGGUGAAUCUUUAAAUUGCACAUGAACUUUUGGUUUUGGACAAACACUGGUCUCCACUCUGCACCUUCAGCCGGGGACACGUGUGUCAUCGGUCACCAACAACUCAUGUGAACAGAUCGUGAUUCAAGCUGCUAAUUUAUUUUCACAUUAACUUUCAUAUUUUAAAACUCAAAACCAAAAAUAUUCUUUCUCUUCCUUGAAACUGUUUACUUUUUCCAUGUUAAGUUAUUUGCAUGUGUGUGUGAGUGUGUGAGUGAGCGAGCGCAUCUUGGAUUCACUUCCCGAACAAUAAGAAAAAGGCGUGUCUUUGUGGUUGGUGUUUAAAGCUGAGUUAGGACUUUGUGGUGCAACUUCUCCUUCUGUGGUUAGAACUGAUCUUUAUCUGUAACACGACGAGGAAGCGUAGACGAGCUUUUACUUUGAAAGGUCUCGCACACACUGGUUUACUGUGGUCUCCCAGUGCGACCAGUCGUCGGCCCGGUGGCUUGAAUCCCCAUCACCCAGUCAGUGCCUGAAUCGGAUUAACGUCCAAACUCUUCAUCUCGCGUCUCCACCGGAUCCAAUUCACAGCUGAAGUUAAAACAAUACUUAGAUUCUUACACACACGCACACAUUUACACACACAACACACAGUCCCUGUGAUAAGAGAACGUUUUGUGUAUUUGCUCGAUCACAGUGUUCUUUUUUUGUAUGAAUUUGGACGGUUGAAGAUUUGUAAAUGUACCAAGUUGCCGUGUUUCUAUGUGGACGAUUUGACAUGUUUUUAUGAGAUAGUCUGUAAUAAAAUAUUGAUACAGUUGGAAAUAA